CACGCGAACACUUCCCUGCUCACUCGAACGGUUGCUUAAGCCAUUUUCAUCUUCUAAUAACAUUGAUCUCGUUCAUUGUUUUGGAUAACUUUCUCGACGGUAUAGAUUCAUUCACGUCGUUUGAGCCCUUCCGACUUCCCAGAAGCUUCCACUCGGGAAGCUAUCAAUCACUCACAUCUCUCUCUCUCCUUGCAACUCGCUUAGUUGCUUUCAGCCAUCAUGGAUCGCAUUAACCGAAUGCUACAGGCCGCUCAAGGCAUUGGUAUGGGAGGAGGUGCCCCCGGUGGUGACACGCCAAACCUGAUCGAUAACUCUGAAACCGUCCAUAUUUCCUCCCUUGCGUUGUUGAAGAUGCUGCGACACGGCCGUGCUGGUGUGCCGAUGGAAGUCAUGGGUCUGAUGCUGGGAGAGUUCGUCGAUGAAUAUACAGUUCGUGUGGUGGACGUAUUUGCAAUGCCUCAGAGUGGUACCGGCGUCAGUGUCGAGGCCGUGGACCCCGUGUUCCAAACCAAGAUGAUGGAGAUGCUCCGACAAACUGGACGACCAGAGACCGUCGUUGGCUGGUAUCACUCCCACCCUGGUUUCGGCUGCUGGCUUUCCUCCGUCGAUAUCAACACUCAACAGUCCUUUGAGCAGCUCACCCCCCGUGCCGUCGCCGUUGUCGUGGAUCCCAUCCAGUCAGUGAAGGGCAAGGUCGUCAUUGACGCUUUCCGUCUUAUUCAACCCCAGACUGUCGUCAUGGGCCAGGAGCCCCGCCAGACAACGUCAAACUUGGGUCACUUGAACAAGCCCUCGAUCCAGGCCCUCAUUCACGGUCUUAACCGCCACUACUACAGCAUUGCCAUCAACUACCGGAAGACGGGGCUGGAGGAGAACAUGCUCAUGAACUUGCACAAGCAUGUGUGGACCGAAGCCUUGCAGAUGAACGACUUCCACGAGGAGGGCAAGCACAAUGUGGAGCAGAUGAAGCAGCUCGUCAGCCUUGCUGAAGGCUACGAGAAGCGGGUCAAGGAGGAGACCGAGCUCACCAAGGACCAAUUGAAGACGAGAUAUGUGGGCAAGGUUGAUCCUAAGAAGCACAUCGAAGACGUGAGCCAGCAAUUGAUCGAGGACAAUAUCGUUGCUGUAUCUAGACAGAUGAUCGACAAGGAAGCAUCCGUUGCUCGGCAGUCAACAAGCAAGGAUUGUGGUAACGGUGCCUCCAUGGAGGUGGAUGAGGAACUCUAGAGGGUUAGAUGGCGCAUCAAACCUAUGAAAACACUCUAAUUAUGAAUCAUUGUUUUUUAUCCUCGUUUUGCCCCAUCAACCCACAUCUGUCUGCAGUACGUACGCGUCGGCAAUAAGAAUCAGGCAACUUUGGAGUCACAAUUCGGCACGUCUGUCUAAAGUGAGACAACGAGACAAUUGAGGCAGAUUCCCAGGCAGCCUUAAGUGAUAGGCCCGGGCCUACAGCGGAGCCUACUGGCGAAGACCUUGAGGUAGGAAUGAAGCAUGUGACUUCUAUGUCUAAUCUAAACAACAAAGCAAGUCUAUAACGCCGCGCGAUGUACUGUAUCCCAAAUCAUGAUCACGUCUAUCACAUCAGUGUAGUCUUAAGCAUCCAGCUAUUUCCCAGAAUCAACUCGAUUGUAGUCACAGAGGAGCGGUGGCGACGAGGCAGUUGACGGACGGUCGGCAUGCGGGCAAAGUCCUGGACUGGGAAGACCCGAAAAAUUUGCGUCGAGUAAAAGUAAUAGCUGGCCUCAUCGUGAAUGCGACGCGAAGUCAAGAAUAACGCGAUGCGCUGUGCCGUUGGGGAGAACGCUUUGCUUUUCUUUGCGGAAGCGCCCACGGUGCCAUUCUUCUUCAGGGCGCUCUUCCGCGCCGGAGUGAACAGGGCGAAAUGGUAGAUGCGCUCUCGAAUCUCGGACGGUAAAUCAAGGAGUCGAAAAGGUUUCGAUGGAAGUCGCGCUGGUGCGGGCUCUUGGGGGACGAGACCGUCGUCCUCGAAGAACUCGGCCCUUUGUGAUUUUUUGAGCCGCAUGGUGAGGAACGGAAGGUUCCAAGGUUGAGGUGGCGAGGGGGAAAGUCUAUAAGUAACAAUGUACACGGCACGGGACUAGGAAUGGGACUCGGUUUUCAUAGUUCUCAUAGACUCAUUCAGCAUUAACUGAAGGUUGGCAUGACUUGUAAUUUGGCUUUUGGGUUUUCGGGCAAAGAGUAUGGAGACUAUCCUCGUCACUCGGUAGAACCGAUUUCAACAAAAUCAACAAUUAGAGAAGGAAUGUCACCCACGUACGGAGCUACAGCAUCAGAGGAUGCCUUCGCUGCGGCUCUUGGAAGUGGGAUUCAGAAGAGGAACUUCCUUGGUCUCCCCAGCUAAUACAACCCGACAUGCGUGAAAGAGCGCGUGCAGGGUCAAAUUAAUGCCUGGGUACAAC